CGUCUUGACUCUGGAGGAACUGCAUGUAUUUAGCCAGUGAUUUAGGUAUCGCAAUCACUACACGAACAUUGGUUUUUAAUGUAAUCUUUCCGAGACGAACGCAUCAAUAACUAUUCUGCUUUUGAUUGGACUCUAUGAAGAUGCUGUGAUGUGCUGAGCUCCACGAGUUUAAAUGAGAAGUUUAAGUUGAUAAAGAGAAAACUUUUAUAAAUAUCUGGAGAUUUCAGAUUAGCUUUCCUGAACAGAUAUAAAUUCGGUAGACGACAUUAGUGCGCGUUCAGCGGAAAAGUGAAGUAUACAAAGGCAAAAUGGAAACUGUGGCUGGAUAUUUUGUACCCUGUGGAAUGACCUUGCUGAAAUCUACAAGUGUUUAUUAAGAGCAAUAAGCCGUAAAGAUGGAUUUAUCAAAUAGGAGCAGCAAGUGAUCGACAUCGGACAUUUUUGAUUUUCGUUGUUCGCAUCUGGCUUUUCAAGGAACUUUCUGAUCCGAAAUUCUAGGACCGCCAUUUUCUCUGUUCAAUGGCGUCUUCACGAUGCGUGCAUUUUAUUCUGUCAACUGGCAGUCGGCUGGCACUGACCGUGUGCUGCUUGCUCAGCUUCGUCCAUUACGCCACGGCCAGUGUUCCAACUUACUACCUCGACGACCUCUGCACCCAGACGAUAGACCUGGGGCGUGCUAAGGUACACAGCGGACGUCUCUUGCUCCGGCGCCCAGAAGACAGACUCAAAUUCCUCAAUUGCUACGUGUUCAUAAAAGCACCCUCCAACAAGCGACUGACGUUCAAGUUUCGCGCUUUUGACGUCAAGUCUCCCCAAGGCUGCAACAACAACCAUUUGCAGAUUUUCGAUGACUCCCGGCUGCAAAUUUCAAUUUCUGACAAACUGUGCAACAGUAACAGAGUACCUGACCGUGCUUUCGUGACUACCUCCGACGAGGCUGCUGUAUGGCUCUACAAAGACCGUUACCUGGCUGACCAGAUAGAGCUGAUUUUCACAGCCUUCACUUUUUCGCCAUGCACGGGCGGAGACUUUCAGUGCGACAACUCCCACUGUAUAGCGUCUGAGCUCUAUUGCAACGGCUACGACAACUGUGGGGACGAGUCGGACAUCUGUCUUCUGCGCCAGGGCACGAUCGUCGGCAUCAUCAUCGGUGUGGUUGUCGUCGUGUGCAUCGUUGCCAUCAUCCUCGGCAUCUACUUUUACAGAAGGCAGCAAAAGAUCCGCAGAGAACGGGAAAAAAACUUCUACUCUGACGUUGCUUCAGUCUCAGCUUUUGAGUACAAGAGAGCAGUGAUGAACGACAUUGACCUCGACAAGCGAUCGGCAAUCUCAGACAUAUCAAGCAUCUAUUCAUCGACCCUGCGGAAAAACCAGAGUGUACUUAGCCGCCGAGAUCACCAACUACGAGCUGUUGGUUACCAAAGCAACACAGGGUCAGGCGCGUCAACUCUGGAGCGUCGCCCCGUGCUUCAUCCCUACGACUCGGAGAUGGCGUCCAAGGUCCACUAUGUCGUGCACGAUGGCGGUGUCAACUCCAGACCGUCCACGCUAGAGAGGAAAAUCAAUAAAUCUAACUUACGACGCGACCACAGUUUCGACGGAAGAAGCAAAUCGGCCGAUCUGAGAGCGCCAUUCUUUUUCGACAAGGACGGGUAUUACAGUGACACAGCUAUAGGCUCGGGCGGUGUGGAGAAUGGAACGAUCUACUCGACACCGAUGAAGAAAAAAGGCAGCAAAAAGAGUGCUUUGUCUCGGAACAGCUCCAGCGUCAAGUACGAUAACGCAGCUUUUAUCUACGACACAAAAGAUCCAAGUUGGAAGUCUUCGAAAAACAAGAAGUCUGGCAAAAAGAAGAGUUCUAAGAAAAAGAAAACUGUGAAAAAUCAAGGUUACGAGACACCGCCAGAGGACUAUGACAUUACUGAUGACGGGGAACAAGUAAAGACUUCGGGUAUGAUUACUCAAACCUCGGAAUCGUUGAAACCAGAUAUCACUCUCACAUCGCCCGACUCGAGAACCCAGGACCUAGUCGCUAACCAAGACGGACAACACUUAACAACAAUGGCAAAUACUCCUCAUGAAUCAACACAUAUUAAUGGAUAUGCUAACAAUGCAGAAGCGAGGAAUAAAAAGACGAUUCUGACGCUGACAAAAGCUUACACGAACCAUCUUCCCACCGGAACGCAGGGGUUCCAGUCCACAACAGAUGGGAAUAAUAUUCAACAUCGGUAUGCCAACGGAGGAGGGGUUGUGACGUCUUCCAUGUCGAAAGAAGCAUCGAGAGCCCGCCAUCGAGACGGAAGCCCCUACCAAGUCCACACUGUGGAUUUGAACCAGGUGUCCCGCCAACUGAAGGAGCAUCCUGAAGACGGCGCAGACGUUUAUGAUCACGUGGUCAGUUUCCGCAGCUACCCGUGUCCUGUGCCACCUGCUGACCGGCGCCUCAACCGCAGUGGCUCUUCCCGUAGUACCGCCAACAGCUAGAGAUACGUUCUGGACUUUCACAAACAAGACAAUAUGUGAGGCAGAUUGGUGAAACCAGGCACUCGUCAGAAUAACGAAAUCGGAGAAACAGGCAUUUUCG